GAGUCAAGCUUCAGACUUCAAUGGCCUGCGGGGAAGACAGCAGACUUAAGACGCGGCGGGAGCUUGGAGGACUCCAUAUAUUUCACGCACCAUUUAACGAACAUUUGCCUUUGUGAUUAGCGUGAAUUUUUAUCAAAUCUUCCUAAUUUAUUCAUCGUUUAGUGCUGUGUUUGUGUCUGUGAUAAUUUCCUUAAACUUGUGAUUAAGUUACCGCAUUGAGACAGAGUGUGCGAAUUGGAGUCGCGUGUGAUUACUUGUGUGUCGAGCUCGUUUGCUUUCGAUAGAACUAGUGUUAGUUUGUCCUCAAAGUUCGCCAACAUGCCUACCCGUAUCGUCGAUGAAAAGAGGAUCUCCUCUGGCGUCGAGGAAGAAUGCCCCAGCAUCAUCGCCAAGCAUGCCAAGAAGUGCCUGGUGGAGCCCUCGUUUGGGAUCCGCUUCCAGCCGCAGGCGCAGCUGCAGGCGCGCGCCGUCAGCCUGAGCCACGGCAGCUGGGACCAGCUGAACGGCGGCCUGCGCACCUGGGUGCAGCGGCACGUGGAUCUGUGCCAGCCUGACAGCGUGCACAUCUGCGAUGGCUCCGAGUCGGAGAACAAGGCCCUGCUCGCCCUCAUGCAGCGCCAGGGCACCAUCCAGCCCCUGCCUAAAUAUGACAACUGCUGGCUCGCCCGCACCGACCCGGCCGAUGUGGCCCGCGUGGAGAGCAAGACGUUCAUCUGCACCCCGACCAAGUCCGAGACCAUCCCCGAGCCCGCCCCCGGUGUCGUGGGGACCCUGGGCAACUGGAUAUCCCCCAGUGACAUGGACAAGGCCAUCGCUGACCGCUUCCCCGGCUGCAUGAAGGGCCGCACCAUGUACGUCGUGCCCUUCAGCAUGGGGCCCGUGGGCUCACCGCUGUCCAAGGUGGGCGUGGAGCUCACCGACUCCCCCUACGUGGUGAGCUCGAUGCGCGUCAUGACCCGCAUGGGCGCCGCGGUCCUGGACCUGCUGCAGAACACCCAGGCCGAGUUCGUCAAGUGCCUGCACUCGGUGGGACGGCCCGCGUCCGGCAGCGCGCGCCACGCGCACUGGCCCUGCGACCCGGAGCGCACCAUCAUCCUGCACCGGCCCGCCAACAACGAGAUCGUCUCGUACGGCAGCGGCUACGGCGGCAACUCGCUGCUGGGCAAGAAGUGCCUGGCGCUGCGCAUCGGCUCCACCAUCGCGCGCCGCGAGGGCUGGCUCGCCGAGCACAUGCUGCUGCUGGGCAUCACCAACCCGCAGGGCCAGAAGCGCUACAUCGCGGCCGCCUUCCCCAGCGCCUGCGGCAAGACCAACCUGGCCAUGAUGCAGCCCACCCUGCCGGGCUACAAGGUGGAGUGCGUGGGCGACGACAUCGCCUGGAUGAGGUUCGACUCGUCCGGCCGUCUCCGAGCCAUCAACCCCGAGAACGGCUUCUUCGGCGUGGCUCCCGGCACCUCCAGGAAGACCAACCCCAACGCCAUGGACACCGUGUUCAAGGACACGAUCUUCACCAACGUCGCCGCGACCAGCGACGGCGGCGUCUUCUGGGAGGGCCUGGAGGACGAGACCCCUGCUGAUGUGGCCAUCACCGACUGGAGGGGCAACCCCUGGACCCGCGGCAGCGCCACCCCCGCCGCACACCCCAACUCUCGCUUCUGCUCGCCCGCCUCGCAGUGCCCCAUCAUCGACCCCCAGUGGGAGGCCAGCGAGGGCGUGCCCAUCGACGCCAUCCUCUUCGGCGGCCGCCGGCCCGCGGGCGUCCCACUGGUGUACGAGGCCCUCUCCUGGCGCCACGGCGUGUUCCUGGGCGCCGCCAUGAGGUCCGAGGCCACAGCCGCAGCCGAGCACAAGGGAAAGGAGAUCAUGAACGAUCCCUUUGCCAUGAGGCCCUUCUUCGGCUACAACUUCGGCCACUACCUGGCGCACUGGCUGAGCAUGGAGCAGACCGGACGCAAGUUGCCUAAGGUCUUCCAUGUCAACUGGUUCCGCAAGGGAAACGACGGCAAAUUCUUGUGGCCCGGCUUUGGAGAGAACUCCCGCGUCCUCGACUGGAUCAUCAAGCGAGUGGAAGGUGAGAGCGUGGCGAAGCAGACCCCCGUCGGCUACGUGCCCACCGCCGGAUCGCUGCGCCUGGACGGCCUCAAGGAAGAGGUCGACAUGAAGCAGCUCUUUAGCCUGCCGAAGGACUUCUGGCUCCAGGAGACUGAGGACAUUGCACGAUACUUCAACAACCAGGUUGGAGCUGACCUUCCCCCAGCAAUUGCAUCUGAACUAAAGGCGCUUCAGGAGCGAAUUGCAAAGAUGUAAGGGGAAAGAAAAUCAAUCCGUCCGAACUCAUUUGGUGCCACGUUAUAUCUUGAUGAUAUGUGCUGGAUGUCGUACACAUUGUCUAUACAUCUUUUUCUUAGUUUUAAUAUUAUGACUUAACUUGUAUUUAUCUAAGUAUUUUUUAACUCUCUAUACAAAUGAUAUUUUCAUAUCAUGUGGAUGCCUCCUGUAAAGAAUAGUUUUUCCAAUCUUCUUUUCUACGCUAUUUAGAAGAUUUUUUGGGGACCCGUUCUUAAAAUUGCUGUAGUUUUGUAAUUUAAGUGGGAGAUGAAUUCCUCACAGGAAGUCCAAGCUAGCUGUGAUCCCGAUAUGUAAUUCUUGCCGUAUCUUUCCUGAUAUAACAAGGCCGUAUUUACAUCUCAUUAUUUUCUGAUAAAACUUUCAUCAUAGGGACUCAAUCAGACUUGUUUUUAUUCUCUAAAGAAUUAGGCUGAUAGGCAUAUUUUAAGACUCAUCAUGUACAUCACGUGUAAAUAGUUUUAGUUAGGAUUUAUUGAAUUUUAAGACUGCCACUUGCUCAUCAUAUUACGUAGGACCAAUUGGCUCAUCAUUGUAUGUAUAUUGUAUGUGUAUUUAAUUUGAAGUCAUUUUAAGAUUUUCAUAAUAAAAUGUUAAUUCUUGUUUAACAAAGUGA